AUGUUAAGCGCAGCAGAGGCAAUAACGCCUUCUUCUACUACCGCAGUAGAAGACAAACUUUGCUCAGCUGAAGAACUAUGGUGGGAACCUGGGCUGAUCUCGCUGGAGCACUUGGAGCAGUUGCAUGCAACAGAGUCAGCGGCAGAACGAGUCGAACUAUUGCAAAGCGCAUUAAAUGUGCAACACUAUUCUGUCAGCCCACGCGCCAAAGUGUGGGUGGAUUUUUGCUUUGGGGUGCUUCAAUUUGCUCAAGACAAAGCGCAUUUGGCCCCUGAAAAGACUUUGAUUCUUCUCACGCUUGCAAACGAGGUGUACGAUUUUGCAACACAGCCGCUAUCGAUUGCAGCAGAUUCAGUUGCGAAUGGAAGCGUUGAAUCGGUGCUAGCAGUGAUAGAAGAUAGUAGUGGUUUUCAGGAAAAUGCACAGACCGAGAUAAUGCCAGCACUGACAGUGGAAAGUAGUAGGCUACAAGAAAAUGCACAGACCGAAAUAAUGCCAGCGAUUAUUCAGGAGUAUCCUUCUACAGAAGCUGUUUACGAGCACUUCUGCGGAACAAUGCGGCAACUAUGUGGUGUAGUGGAUGUAGACAAUGCAAAGGUUUUGCUAUCAGCGCGCUUGUCGUCAAAAGAAGUGGCACAAUUCGUGACCUUCUUAUCGUCCACUUUUUUUCGGAACUUGCGGGCGUACCAAUAUUUGAGCCGAGUUCCGCGUCAGACCUUUGUGUGUGAGUGUCUGCUGCCAAUCGAGACUCCGCUUUCGCCGCCUUCUCUUGUCGAUGCUAUCUUAGAUAAUUAG